UGUCUGUACCUGAGUGCAGGUGUAGCGGUUGCUAGAGGAGACGCGUCUGUGGAUACGGACAUGGAGCGGCUGUUGCUGAGCGGGUAGAGGAGCUAGAUGCUAAGCUAAGUGUUUAAACCGGUUUAAAUUCAGCCCGUGUUCACACAGCUCUGUUGCACACUGCGGUUUCUGUUAGAAUAUAGUUAUUUACAGGUGUAGAGCGCGAGCAGGAGCGGCGGGGAGGCUUAUUUAACUCAGAUCCGGGGAGAAUAGCGCAGUGUUAGAGCAGCACGGCUAGCAUGACAUAACAGCUCACAGUGCUGGCAGCCCGCAGAGCCUGCUGUUUAUAACCCAGCCUGAUCAGAUCCUCCUGUUCAACCACAGCUCAGAUCAGCUCUUAUAACAUUAUAACUACUGUCACACCUCCUCCAGCUAUCUCCAAACAUCUCCAAUCAUCUCCAGAUCCAUCAGCACCACCUGCACCAUGAGGAGACCCUUUCUGUUCAGCUGAAACUGAGAAGAUCAGAGAUAUCUCCCAUCUUCUGCUGGGGAUGCAAAACCUGAAGGAACCUCUUUACUACUCAAACUUUAGGCCGGGUUUGGACGUAGAGCUGGAUGAUGAUCGGGAGCUGCUGGUCGAGGAACAGAAGUCAUGCAGAACUCGCGCCCGAAAAUUCUGCUUGGAGACAAACCGCCGCAGAAAGGCUCUGGAGGAGAGGAGGAGGCAGUGGGAUGUUCAGGAGCAGAGGUUGAGAGAGAAGAUCCUGCAGCAGAGGAAGCAGAGGGUACAGGAUGCUACAGAGCGAUUUCAGAGAGCUCAUCUCCCUCCAUCUCUACGGAGGAGACCAGGUUCUGGUAAAAGAGUUCCUAACCUGGAUGAAGCACUUGGACAGAUUCAUGGAUCCCUGGGCUCUUAUGUUCAGCAUUCACUCAUCAGCAGAAGCUGUACUCCCUCCCCUAAACCUCCAGGGGGCUCCAGUGGUCCUCACAGCAGGCGUGUGGUUUCUGCAGCCGAGGCCUACAGCAGACUCAUGCAGGAGAGAAGCCUGAGUGAGUUCAAGAGCAGCCAGCUGAUCUUCCUCAACCAGCUGCAGGAGACAGAGCACCAACCGCAGGUCAGCCCACAGGAACACCCAGACACUCCGCCCAGCCCUUCAGAAAGCCUGUCUAGCCUGGACAGCCUGGAGAACGAGAUCCCUCAGCAGGGUCACGGCACCAGCCCCGCCCGCUCCAGCUCCUUUCUGGACCCUCCAGGCAUCCAGAACGUCCAAAAUCCAGCUUCACCACAGCAGCUGAACCUGUUGACUCAGUCCAAGAGCUUUCUGGAGGAGGUAUUAAGUCAGCAGGGCAGCCCCAGUUCCAGCUCCAGCUCCCCAUCGCUUGGUGAAUCAGCAGAUUCGGCAGAUUCAGCAGAUGACGACCUCCAAAGUCUCCAAAGUCUCCAGGAUCUCACACAAGCACUGGAGCUGUGCAACCUCAACGACCAAUCAGAAAGCUUCUACACCCAGUCUACUCCCUGCUGCCAAAAUGUGCACGCUCAGCAGGACCUCACCACUAAUUCGGGACAUAUGGCUUACUGUUAUGACAGCACUGUUCGCGGGAACGCUUCCAGAGAGUGCAAAGCGUUGCACGUUGAGCCAGAUACCACACCUCUGGAAUUCGCCAGCUUGACUCGACAGGAGCUGGGAAGAAAGUUGGAGGAGAAGUGUACUAAGCAUCCAUCUGAGAACUGUCCUUUUCAGCCAGUCAAUGGAUGCAGACACAAGAACGAUUUAUCCCAGGCUUCGUCCAGCGCCAGUCGGGUUGUUGCAUCUAAUGUGGACGCAGGUUCUUCAAUUCGAUUUGGAGGCUCUUGUCAUGCCUCGCAGCUUGAUAGCUCUAAUUCUGCAAAUUCUCAGUUCUGUAAGAAGAUUCCAGAUGCUGAUAAAGCCAAUCAGAAGGAAUCUAAACCCAUUAACCAUGAAGAAAAGUGCAGGAACGAAGAUCCUUCCAACCUACGGGAAGAAUGUUCCAAUAGAAGAAUCGUCGCCACUGCGUUCAAGUCUUCCAAGUCUUCCAAUACAUUCAAUUCUUCCAGAACUGGAGAAGAAUCUCACAAAACAUCAGAAAACACUGCAAACUAUGGAGAGAACUCGAAGAACGAAGAUCCUUCCAAUCUACCCAAUGAAUUUACCAACCAAACUCUCGCCACUACUAUGUCUUCCAAGCCUUCAAAGUCUUCUCGAACUGGCGAAGAACCUGACCAAACAUCAAAAGCCUACUUAACGCCUACUACAACAACCAGAUGCACCGAUGUGCGAUUCCUCAAGGGAAUACUCAAGAAGAACUCCAAGUAUAUGGUAGGAGAUGCCAAAUUUACACAAACAUACACUGCAGGCAACUUCAUCUUCACCAGACAAGUGGCCAUGUCCAUUCGUGACAGUAUGGAGCUCACCAGAGCGAAGGUGCGAGAGCCAGAGAACUACAAGAGUGUGAAAAAGAAGCUUCGCUGGUUUGACGAGGUCAACGGCGAUGAAGAAAACGUCAAAAGCAAACCAGGUCAUCUACCUCAAAAUAUUCCAUCUUCAAUGGAUGUAAACCACCAACAGGAGUUAUAUCAGUUGGCUUCUACGAACGCACCAACAGGAACACUAGGAAGGAUUAGUUCUGCUACUGCUUCUUCUGCAACCAGUUCCACUCGACAAGCAUGGACCGAUGUUAAAACCCAAGAUGAAGAACCAACACAGGAACCCAAGGAACCCAAAGAACCCAAAAUUCAAAGGCCAGGACCUCGUAUCGCUGGUCCUCGUAUUCCUCGUAGAGUCUGCUCUGCCAGAAACGCCAUUUCAGGACCUACAGCGUCCCGAAACAGGAAAGGAACCGUGAUCAGACCUCAGUCUGCAACCGAGGCUCAACGCGUCCUCAAAAACCAAGGCAAAGGCAAGACCCUGGUGCCUCGACCUCCUCCCAGAUCUGAUCAGGUUCUGGAGUCUCAAUUCAACUCAGCCGAGCCCACCGUUUACAUCACCACCAAGACGGCCUACAACCCCUGGGACAGUGACUGCCCCCACAACAAACCAGACAACACUCAUCCAGACAACCAGCCCCCAGCAUCUCACCAUCACUUUCCCAGAGCUGAAGCUGAAGGCGCUCUACCGGCCCCGGCUCCACCCUCCUACGCCUACACCUACGAGACCGUGUCCAAAGGCAUCUACGCCCUCUGCCAGCCCGAGGCCCAGGCGGGCAGCGCCAGGCGCCCGCUCCAGUUCAGAGAGAACGGCAUCUGCCUGGAUCGCACGCCAACCGACGAGGAGAUCUCACUGCUGUGGCACGGAGUCCGCUCUGCCUUAGCCAGCAAAGAGGUAGGUGACCCUCGGAGCUUCCUGGCUCCCAGUGGCCCGUUGUCUGCUUUGCCUCAAGGUCGUGCCAAUUUGUCCCACGUCACUAUAAACGGUGAUAGCCUGCUCAGCGGCGUCAAAGCCGUUACACGAAUGGGCCAAUUUUUCCUCUCUCCCUCCAACGUGAGAACUCCGGUGAGAAGACCCACUGUGGAGAGCAAUAUGGUGAAAAACAGAGACAAGAAACAUCAGUUAAUUUAUCAGGCUACAGUGCCAAUAAGUGGAUACUCAAGCAAAGCAGACCAGACUGCGCAGGAUGAAGAGGUGUUGGACAGUGGUGUGCAGGUGGCGGUGGACGUGUCUCAGCUGCAGAGGGCUGGUGUGGUGCAUCGUGGGCAGGUUUUUGGACUCAGUGCUCUCUCUCUGGAGGAGCAGAGACUGCUGCAGUCUCUGGACAGACUCAACCACCGCCUGCAGUAUGUUCAGGACAUGUCUGCAGGAAAUACCGCACUGAAAGGAGUCUUCACGUUGGAUUCUGCAAAUAACCAGUCUCCCCAGACCGGUGAGGUUUUGGGUGGCACUCAGCGCAGGUACCACAACGGCUCAGCUGCUGAAAACCGCACCCGUUCACACAGACGCUACUGACUCCAGCUCCCAGAAUGCACUUCUCUCCAGCCUCACCGCCUUCCAGCCUAUCCCGGACUGCACUUUUAAGGACAACUUCUGCCCCACAUUUUUAUUAUAUGGUGGAUUAUCACAGACAAUGAUUUUCAUGUUUUAAAAAAAUCUGAGAACCUGCUGAUUCUGCACGUUUUGGCUCAACUGGUUAUCUGUUAUAGAAAAAAAAAAAUGCAGAUUAAACAUAACGUCCUUGUUUCUACACCCAUUAUCUAUCUUAACAUAUAGCAGCACUUUGUAGUUCUAUAAUUGUCCUGAGUAUUGAAGAACAGGAUGAAAGGAGAAUAAUAAUAAAGUAUAGAUUAUACAGAGAAACAGAUACGAAACUACAGUCUGUAAUUAUUAAUUAUAGAACUACAGAGUGUCCUACUCUAUAUGAUCAGUGGAGCUGAAAAGAUUAUAGUAUAAUAGGUGUAGAAACAACAAGGUGGUCAUAAUGUUAUGCAUGAUCAGUGUAUGCUGUCUUUAAUUGCCAACCAUAUGGUAACCCCAGUCUAACCCCAAGUAUAAACCCAACCCGCAACUCCAAACUCAAUCUCUAAACUAAUCCCAAGCAUAAACCCAUUCCCUAAACUAUCCUUAAAAGUAAACCCAACCCUAACUUCAAACUCAAUCCCCAAAUCCAAAUCCAAUCCCUAAACUAACCCCAAGUAUAAACCCAAUUCCCAACUCCAAACCCAAUCCCCAAACUAACCCCAAGUAUACACCCAAUCCCCAACUCCAAACUCAUUCCCUAAACUAACCCCAAAUAUAAACCCAAUCCCCAAAUCCAAGCCCAAUCACCAACUAACCUCAAACAUAAACCCAAUCCCCAACUCCAAACCAAUCCCUAAACUAACCCUAAAUAUAAACCCAAUCCCUAAACUAACCCCAAGUAUAAACCCAAUCCCCAACUCCAAACCCAAUCCCUAAACUAACCCCAAAUAUAAACCCAACUCCAAACCCAAUCCCCAGUCUAACCCCAAAUAUAAACCCAACUCCAAACCCAAUCCCCAAUCCAACCCCCAAUAAAACCCAACCCCUAACUCAAACCCAAUCCCUAAUCGAACCCCAAAUAUAAACCCAAUCCCUAACUCCAAACCCAAUCCUUAAUCAAACCCCAAAUAUAAACCCAAUCCCCAACUCCAAACCCAAUCCCUUAACUAACCCCAAGUAUAAACCCAUUCCCCAACUCCAAACCCAUUCCCUAAACUAACCCCAAAUAAAAACCCAACCUAACCCCAAUUCGAAACCCAAUACCCAACUCCAAACUAAUCCCAAUUAUAAACCCAACUCCAAUCUAACCACAACUCCAAACCCAAUCCCCAAACUAACCCCAAAUAUAAACCCAAUCCCUAAACUAACCCCAAAUAUAAACCCAAUCCCUAAACCAACCCUAAAUAUAAACCCAAUCCUCAAACUAACCCUAAAUAUAAACCCAAUCUCCAAACUAACCCCAAAUAUAAAUAAAAUCCCCAAAGAAACCCCAAAUAUAAACCCAAUCCCUAAACUAACCACAAAUAUAAACCCAAUCCCUAAACCAACCCUAAAUAUAAACCCAAUCCUCAAACUAACCCUAAAUAUAAACCCAAUCCCUAAACCAACCCUAAAUAUAAGCCAAUCCCCAAACUAACCCUAAAUAUAAACCCAAUCCACAGCUCCAAACACAAUCCCUAAACUAACUGGAAGCCCAAUCCCCAACUCCAAACUAAUCCCAAUUAUGAACCCAACUCCAACCAAACCCCAAAUUAACACCACAUGCCAACCAUAUGAUAUAGAUGUGAUUUACUCUACAGAAUACUUGUUUAAACCCUUCAGAUUUACUAAUAAGCACUUUAUGAUUUUUAUUGUAAUUAAACUGUACAGACUGCAGUAUUUGUUCUGCACUGAAACGUUUUUUAAACGUUUGUUUAGAUUCAGACUGUAUUAGAGUAGCGCUGACUGUAUAGACCAGCCAUAAUCUGAAUUAUAUUUACACUUUUAUAGGAAAAAGAAAUGUGGUUUGUCCUUAAAUUAGCUCAGAUUUUAUUUUUCUACUUUUGAGUAUUUAUUUUAUUAUAUUUCUUUCUGUAAAUAUUUAUGUGUAUAUAUGUAGUCAUAUGUCCUCAGGCUUGGGUUUGGGCAUUUUUGACCAAAUUACAUGUUUUAUUGCUUUUUGGGAAGAAGAGAAGUAGAAACAAUAUUAAUGUGGACUGUAGAAAAGUUUGGGCACCAAUAAGAGCCUAGAUCUGGUAACCCCCCACACACUUUAUGUAGAUGAUAAAUCUUUCAGGUUUAUACAGUUAGAGAAUUUAUACAGCUCUGGAAAACAAUAAGAGGCCACCUCAUUUUCUGAAUCAGUUUCUCUGAUUUUGUUAUUUAUAGGUUUAUAUUUGAGUAAAAUGAACAUUGUUGUUUUAUUCUAUAAACUACAGACAACAUUUCUCUCAAAUUCCAAAUAAAAAUAUUUUAGUCAUUUAGAGCAUUUAUUUGCAGAAAAUGAGAAAUGGCUGAAAUAAUAAUAAAAAGAUGCAGAGCUUUCAGACCUCAAAUAAUGCAAAGAAAACAAGUUCAUAUUCAUAAAGUUUUAAGAGUUCAGAAAUCAAUAUUUGGUGGAAUAAUCCUGAUUUUAAUCACAGUUUUCAUGCAUCUUGGCAUCAUGUUCUCCUCCACCAGUCUUACACACUGCUUUUGGAUAACUUUAUGCUGCUUUACUCCUGGUGCAAAAAUUCAAGCAGUUCAGUUUGGUGGUUUGAUGGUUUGUGAUCAUCCAUCUUCCUCUUGAUUAUAUUCCAGAGGUUUUCAAUAUGGUCAAAUUAAAGAAAUUCAUCAUUUUUAAGUGCUCUCUUAAAUAUAUACAGUAUAUAAAUAGAAAACUGUUGUUGUUAAUGCUGUGUACAAUAAUUAACUGUGGGAAAUUAAAACCAAAAUCAUUUAUUUUAAA